GACGUUGUUGUGCGGGUUUAGUGAAGUUUUAAAAACUCCGGGGAAUGUCCUGAUAGUUAAGGAGUCGUCGGUUCGCUCCGCGCUGGUUUCCUUCAUUACAAAUUAGAUGUCCACGAGUGUCUGCGACGUCUUCAAACCUCCGGCAGGAUGGAGGCGUGUAUGAUGAAACCAGAAGUCAAGAAGAAACCAAAAUUGCCCAAACCUCCUCCAAAGUCCACCGAGCUAAGAAAAAUGAACCACAGAGACCUCAGAUACCCCCUCCUGCGGUUCCUCAGAGACCAACAGAUUCUGAACUGAGUCACACGCAAUACAGACUGAAAAAAGUGACAGCAGCAUACAAUGAGAACGAUGAAAAUGUGAAUCAACAACAGACAAAAGAUAAACCACCUGAGACGCCCGUGGUCCCACCCAGACCCACAGAGAAGGAACUGAACGCCCCAACCAGAUACAGCCAACGCAGGACGAACGCACAGACCAAGGACACAGAGAGUGCCAAAGAAACCGAGCAACCCGAAGCUGCUGCGGUUCCCAAAGAUGAUGCAGACUUCAAACAGGGUAAUUACUCAGUCCUUACUGGAUUAUUUCAUCGGAGCCAAAAAGGGAGAACGCCCACUUUCACUAGUUACAUGACGAAUGAAGAGGAAAAGACUGAUGACGUCCCAGUCAAACAGGCUCCCGACAGCAAACCGGGCGUUCUGAAAGGAGUAAUGAAAGGGUUGCAAAUCAAGUCAUCACCAAAGGCCAGCAGAGAGCACAGCCCAGCUCCUAGUGCAGAGGAAGCAGGCCCAGUAAACCAACAAUCUAUAAAGAAAAUCAAGCAAGAAAAAAAUGCAGAACCUAAACAGGAGAAAGGAGAUCUGUUUACUGGAGCAUUCUGGCAAACACCCAAAGAGAAAUCAUCUUCUCCAGCAGUGACGGUCAGUAAAGCAGACAGUGAUGCUGAAGAUGCAGAAGAAGAGGCAAAAACAUCAGAGACGCCCCAUGAAAAGGGAGGUUUCUUCUCUGGUAUCCUUAAAAAAACAAAAAAAUCACCAAAUGAGAUGUCAACACAAGAGAAUCUGAGUGCCCACAGUGACUUUUCUGCCAGCAGCGACAGCCUUUCUGAAAACAAGGAAGAAAAACAAUGGUACAGUGGGAUGUUAAAGAAGCCGUGGAAACCAACAGAAAGUCCUCAAAGUGAUCAGGACAAUAAAGCAGACAGUGGUUCUGAAGACAUAGAAGAAGAGAAGAAAACAUCAGAGACGUCUCAUGAAAAGGGAGACUUCUUGCCUGGCUUCCUUAAAAAGCCAAAAAAACCAGCUGAUGAGACGCCAACACAGGAAAAAAAACGUUGGUACACUGGGAUGUUAAAGAAGUUGCCGAAACAAGCCGAAGCUCAAAGUGAUCAGGACCAGCAGUGCCUGCAUGGUGACUUACCCAACUCUAAUGAUGAUCUGACUGAAGCUCAGUCAAAGGAUAAAGAGUCACUGCAGACUGAGGCAUCGGCCAGCGACGAGAGCACAAAAGAUAAAGAAUCACUGCAGGCGGAGGCGUCAGCUAGCGAUGACAACAGCAGCACAAAAGAGAAAGGAGGCGUUUUCAGAUCAAUGUUUAGGAAACCUCCCAAACUGUCUGAAGGUCCCCGACUGGAGGAGGGUGCUGAGACGUUGCAUGGCGAGCUCUCUGCCAGCACCGACAGCCUUUCAGAAAACAAGGAGAAAGGUGGUUUGUUUAGUGGACUCCUCAGAAGGUCUCCAAAAACACCUGGAGAGGGGAAUUUGUCAGUAAAUAAAGACGUUUCAGACAGCAGUGACAGUCUGACUGAGGCUACUGGCACCAAGGAAAGAGGAGGUGCGUUCAGUGGAAUGUUUAAGCAAUCGCCCAAACUUGCAGACGAUCUUCCCACAGAAGAGGACAAAGAAGCUCAGAAAGAGCUGUUGGCCAGCAAUCAUGACUUGUCUGACAAUGACAUCACCAAGGAGUUGGAGACAAAUAUUGAGGCUCAGUUAUCUGUAAGCUGUGAGAAUUUGAGUGACACAACCAUCACAAAGGGGAAAAAGAAUUUCAGUGAGCUGUUCAAGAGAGCUCCAAAACCAGCAGAUGAGGAAACAAACGCAGAUGAAGAACAGAAAUUAUCAACCAGCGAUGAAAACCUGUCAGGAGCAAACACAGCAACGGAAAAAACAGGAGGAUUGGCAGGACUCUUCAAAAAGUCUCCCAAACCAACUCCACGCUCUGUCGCUACUCAGGAUCCCCUCUCGAGGCAGCUGUCAGCCAGCUGUGACAGCCUCACAGAUGCAGGAGAGGAGGCGGCUUUGGGAAACAAUCAGCUGUCUGCCAGUAAUGACAAUCUUUUAGAAGCUUCGAGCACCCCCAAGGAGAAAAAAGUCGGGUUCUCCGGGAUCACUGGGAUGUUCAGACGGACGCCCAAAACUGAGGAGCAACAGGAAGAUGAGGACAUGGAGGCUCCGGCAAGAAGCGCGCUGAGACGCAAGAGGACCAUCAAGAAGAAAAGACGAGUUGUGUCAUUCCGAGUCAAGAAAACUCUUCCUAAAAUUCCCAAACUUGGCCUGGCUUCACAGACUUCAGAUAAAAUGCCUGUCAUCGAGGAGACUCUCGAGAUGCAGGACAUGAGCCCAGUACAGGAGAGCACGGUGGAGGUUCAGCCGGUGGAGAUGGCUGCUUAUCCGACUGAGGAAAACCCAGUCGAAACCGAGCCGGAAGAGGAUGAGCUUUUGGAGUGGUGGAACACAGUCAAAGGUUGGAAGGAGUGGAAUGAGACUUCUGAUUUCCAGGCAGAGGAUGAGGAAAUGGCGAUAGAGCAGGCAGCCGACCGUGUCUACAUGGCAGCCCGUCUUUUUGUGCGUCUUUUCAACCAGCGCGGGGCGUCCUUACAGCAUCGCAUCCUGGAGCUUUUGGCUAUGGCGGACGCUGCAGAUGAGUUUCAUAAGAAGACAGUGUCGGCCGCUGUGGGCGGAGGCGUGGCCAGCGUCGCGGGUAGCAUCACCACAAUCACAGGCCUCAUUCUGGCGCCUUUCACUUUUGGUGCCUCUAUUAUUGUGACAGCAGUGGGGAUCGGUGUGGCGACGGCCGGCAGCAUCACGUCAGCGACAGCUAACAUCACAGAUACGGUCCACUCCAACAUGGACCGUAAGAAGAUGGAGAAAAUGAUCCAGGGCUACCAGGAGGAGAUAAAAGUCAUCAGAGAGUGCAUGGAGUUUGUGCAGAAAGGUCUUGACACCCUGCAGGAGUGGGAUUUUGAAAAAUAUGCUCAAAGUGCUGCCAAAAAAGCUAUGAACCACAACAUUAAACAUGUGAUGAAAGAGGGAGGCCGUGCGGGAAAAGCCUUGAUGAUCAACACCAACCAGCUCGUCAGCACCGUGCAGGUUUUAAGUAGGGCAGGCGGCAUAGCCAAGGCCGCUCAGGCCAUCAGCGUCACCACAGGCGUUAUGUCGGCACUCUUUUUGGCUUUGGAUGUUUUCUUCCUCGCUAAAGACUCUCAUGAGCUUCGCAAGGGUGCCAAAACCAAAUUUGCCACCAAGAUCAGAGAGGUAUGUAAGGACCUUCAAGAUGGCCUCCUGGAACUCAACAGGGUGAAGACGCAGCUGCAGAAGACGAUGGACGGCAUUGAGGUGGAGGAGUUUGAGGAGGUUGAGGAGGUGGAAGUAGAGGUUGAGGACGACUUGGUGUCUGAUCCAAAGAAGCUGGCUGAGCUGGAGCAGGAGCUGGACCUCCUGGAGGAGAAAGUGGACAAGAACGUUGUAGAGGUUGAGAAGAAGGGUAAAGAAAUGGAGAAGGAAAAUUCAAAAAUUAAAAAGGUGAAGAAAGAGGAGAAGAGCAUAAAGGAAAAAGAUGAGAAGGAGAAAAAGGAGAAGAGCUUGAAAGGAAAAGAUGAAGAAAAGGAGAAAAAAGAGGAGGACAGUAACGACAAAGACAAAGAAAAACGCAAGUCCAAAGAAAAGAUGCCCGAUGAGGAAAAAGAGGAGAAAAACAAGGCAAGUGGCAAAACUGCCAAAGAAGAAGUCCUGAAACAACAGUCUCAGACAGAAAGCAAACAAGGCAAAAACACCAAAAACAGAAUAGCAGCUGUAAAUGACAACUGUAAGGGUAAGGUCAGCAAGAUAAACGAUGAUAUUGGUGCAAAUAAAACAACAGAGAAAGAGAAACAUAAAACUAGAAAAGAGCAGGAGGAAGUGAAAAGCAGAUCAGAGGGCAGCAAAAGUGAGCGAGUGAAACCUGAGAGAGGAAGUGAAAGGAGAAGAAGCAGCAGGGAUGAUGAAGGAGAAAUGAAGCCGCCUGAAAGUACAUCUGUAAAUAAAGAGAAAACAGGGGACAGCAGUCAGAGGAGACAUAGCAGCAGGAGUGAGAAAGGGGUAGAAAGAGGAGGUGAACACCUAAAUAGAGGGACUGGCGAAGAAAGGCAAAGCAGGAAAAGGAGUGAGGAAGAUAGAGGAGUGAAGGACUGGAGAGCUGAAAUGGCAAAAAAUAGAGAAGAAAAGAGACAAGGUCAGGAGACUGAGAACAGGAAGGAGUCGCACCAAGAUCACGAAAUAUCAUCAACGAAGAGGAGAGCGUCACAAAGAGAGUUAGGGGGCAGCAGAGAGAUUUCAAAGAGGAGCCACCACAGGGGAGAGCACAGGGAGAGGGGAGAUGAGAAGCAUGGGAGCAGGGUGGAGAGUGCAAGGAGGCAGUUUGAGAGGGCAGGAGGUGAGGAAGAUGACACAAAGGCAAAAAGAAAAGACGAUGGAGAGAGUCAGAGGAGUAACAGAGAGAGGAGAGGAAGUGAAAGAGGGAGAGAGCAUGAACACAGCCAACCAGGACAACGAGCUCGUGCCAAAGCUCUCCUGCGAGACGGGCUGGACAUUUAAUUCUAACAUCUACCGCCUUACCAACAAAAACAUACAGUGUGUUACUUCAACUAGAAAAUCCACUGCAUCUAUGGUUUCUCACAAUACUGCAGUAAACCAGUGAUAGCUGUGUGUACAUGGAGUUGUACAUUACAAACAGGAGCAGCAGAAGGCUAACUGAACUCCUUUUAAUGACGCAGAUACAAGGACAAAACAGUAGCACUACUGGGGUGGGAGGUGGGGGUUGUCCCACUUCUGACCUGAUGCUCUGUGAGGAGCUUCACGUUGAAAGUCAGGACACUUUGAAAAAGAAGCUGAUUUUUGUCAUCUGACAAUAAGACAGUGAUGUAGGAACGCCAGCAGCAGUAUUGUGAGCUGUCCAGAGAUGCAUUAGAAUAUCGUCUUGAAAUUUUUUAGCAUAUUUGGUUUUUGAUUUUUGACUCCCAGAACAUCUUGAUUACACCUCUUACAAAUGUGAUGAGUACGGGUGUCUUCAUGGGAUUUGUGUGAUCCACAGAUGAUAACUCUAAUGACUUUGAUGCUUUCAGCACGAUUGUUGGGUCAAAGGUAAAACUUUAUUGUAUCAGAGGAAAAUUUACCUUCUGCUACUGUGCAGUGCUAAAAGUAACUCGACAUACAACCUGUAAAUACCCCAAUAAAACAUGGCAAAUGCAAAAACAAUAAAUAAAUAAAUAAAAUCAACACUAACAUCACUUCACAUGAAAUCAAAUCAAUUAUGACACCCGAGAAUACAAGUAAAUCUGCUAAAUUAGAAUUAGAAGUUAUCAUUAGACAGUUAUCAGUAAAAAUAAUAAUAACCAACCGCUGCUAAGCCUUUUGGCAUACUGACACACUACAUAAUAUAGUGACAAUUAGCGUGCUAAUGUUUGCAAUAGGUUCAAACUCUGAAUUUAGUCUCUCUUUCACUCAUUUGCUUCUCCCUUUGAGUGGGAAAAUGCAAGGGGCUCUAUCUGCAAACACUGUGAGACACGACACUAAGACUUCAUAUGAAUCAUUGCAUUUAGAGGGAGCAGAUAUUUUAAGGUCCUGCCAUACAGUCAACCUGCAGAAUGACCCUUGCAAAAGCUUUCAGUGCAUUGUGGCAUGAUUAGCAAAAAGGAGUCUACAGGCCAUCGGCACUUUCUAGUGGACUAACUAAUGCACUAAAAUGGAUAAUAGUAAAAAUAAGUAAAGGGAGGUUAAUAAAUUUAAGAUGUGGCUGAAGUCACUCUGUAACAUUUCUGCAGCUGAAUAAUAAGCAUGUGAAUGGCUGGAUUUGGUGAGUCGGGAUGAUUUGCAGCCCAUGCUAUACAUACCCGUUUUAUUUUCCACAGCUUCAGAGACACUACAUUUAGAUGUUUUAUGUAUGUUUUUGCAAUUGUAGUAUUUGUAUGUGAUAGGUUUGUAGCUUAAAGCUAUUCACUGGAACGUUCAAGACAAUUUAACUACACAGCAAAGCAAGACGCGAGUAGGCAAAGUUCUUUAUGUUUCUCGUGCACGGGAGAGAACUGGACAAACGCCGUUCCUUUGCUUGACCCCAGUUGCUCUCGUCUCGCUCCCCCUGUAACACUGCUCUUUAUUGAGGUUACAUGAGUAUGCAUAGGUUCAUUAACUUAAUGACGUAUGCAUACAAACAAAGAGUACUGUGUGUGUGUGUGUGUGUGUGUGUGUGGGUGUGUGUGUGUGUG